GCCCCCAGUCCCCAGGAACGCGGGCUCUCAAGCCCACCCAGCGCACCCCCAUCGCAGCCCUGAGGUGCAGCGCCUUCUACAACCUCCCCGCGGAGGACUCGUCUCUGCGAAAGAUCUGCCACAAAGACGUCUGCAGAUGUGCCGAGGGUGAGGCUGGCGGGGACACGGGCGCCAGGGCCACUUCCUGUCUGCCCUCAGGGCUCAGCUGACAGAGAGGAAGACAGAGACGAAGAGGGACAGAGAAAAGGAGACACCGAGAGACAGAGACCAACACACGCACUUAGUGAGGGCCAAGAUCAAGUAGACGGAGACUCGGAGAGAGACACAAAGAGCCUAGGAUGGGAGAAACUGCCAUGAAAAAGACCUAAGGGAAGGGGGGUGGAUUAGAGUCCCCCAGACCAGAUAGACCAGUCCCCGAGACCGGCGAGUCGCGGACCUGGGGCCGGGGGGGGGGGAAAACCCCGCCCCCAGUGCAGCCAGGCAGCGGCCUCCUGAUCCCCCAGAACAGUGCAUGUCACCAAGGAAGGGCCAGCUGAGGCAGAAGGAGCUCCAAGUAGCGGCCUGUGAGCCGGGCGUGGACUUCGGUGAGUGUGGGGAGCGCCGGGAGGUAAGCAGGCCCAGGCUCGGCCGCAGACGGGACGCCAACCACGCCCCUCCUGCCCCUCCCCCAGUAUACAAGGCCAGGCUGGAGUCUGUGGAGGUUUCCGACUCCAACCCCUAUGUCUACUACAACAUGCAGCUCCAAGCCAUCAUCAAGAGUGGCACAGACCUUGUCCAGCCUCUUACCAUGAAGAAAUUUGUCUCCCACGCCACCUGCCAAGAGUCCCUGGGGCUGCAAGAACAGGAGGCGUACCUCAUCAUGGGCCAGGCGUCAGACCUGUGGCGAGUCAGAUCUGAUUACACCCAUGUCCUGGGCAAGAAGACGUUCCUUAUGCAUUGGCCAGCCGACCAGGAUGUGGGCAAGAAGGAAUUUCUGGCUCAGCUAGAGGGAUUUUCGGAAUAUAUGAGCACCCAUGGCUGUCAGACCUGAGACCCUGAGGCCUCUGCUGCUUUCAGGGUAGUGUCUCCAAGCUGGCCUGGGCCACUGAGUUUGACCCCAAAUAAAGAGCAUGGAAUAUCAUACCCAAACUCUGACAUGGUUUCUGCUCCAGCAUUCAGCAGGGCCCCUGCAUGACCUGCCCUGAUGCUGCUGGGGCCUGACUCCUCCCUCUCUCCCCUUCGCUCACUCCAUUCCAGCCACACAGGCCUUUUUUGUAUCCUUCCAACACCCAAGUCUGUUCCCACCUUAGGGCCUUUGCACUCACUGUCCCCUCUACUGGGUACACGCUUCCCUCAGAUAUCUCCCUGGCUUUUAUACCAGUACAGUCAAGUCAAUUUUGAUUCAUGGUGACCCCACGUGUGUCAGAGUAGAAUUGCACUCCACAUGGUUUUCAGCGGCUGAUUUUUUGGAAGUAGACUGCCAGGUCUUUCUUCUGAGGUACCUCUGGGUGGACUCAAAGCUCCAAUCUUUCAGUUAGCAGCUGAGCAUGCAAACUUUUCCCUUAUUUGGGCUCUGUUUAAAUGUCACCUCCUCAAAGAGACCUUUAAUAACAUACCUGUCUUAGGCUGAGUUCUCUAGAGGAGCAAAACCAGUGAAGCAUCUAUGUAUAUAUAUAUAGAGAGAGAGAGAGAGAGAGAUUUAUAUCAAGGAAAUGGCUCACAUGGUUGUAGAGGCUGGAAGGUCCCAAGUCCAUGGGUCAAGCUGGAGGCUUCUGACUCAUGUAGCUGCAGAGGCUGUCGAAUCCAAGAUCGGAAGGUCAGGUUCACAGGCUGUGGAAGCUGAUGAAUCACAGCCGACGAAUGGCAAGAUCAGCAGGUAAACUGCUAGCUCAAGUCCCAAGAACCAGUGGUCAGAUGAACAAGGGCCAGCUGCAGCAUCCAGAGUGAGCAAAAGCCCGUAAGCUUUGCCAGAAAGUCCAUCUAUAUUGGAUGCAGCACACUCCCAAGGAAACCCGCCCUCAGCUGAUUGGCUUCUCACAACAAAUCCCAUCAUGGCCAUCACGGAGGUGAUCAUAUUAUAUCAAAUCUCAUCGUGGAGGUGACUACGUCACUACAGGAUUACCAAACUGUAUCAUAGCUGCUGAGCCACUAAGAAUCAUGGCCCAGCCAAACUGACAAGCAACCUUAACAGUACCUAAAAUAGAUCCCCCUCCCAUCACUCUUUCCCCUUGCCCUGCUUUAUCCUCUCCAUAGUAUGUAUAAGUACAUCAUACACCAUACUUAAUGAUUGAUUGUUAAAUGUGUGUUUCCAGAAAGUCAGCUCCUUAUAGACAGGAGUCAUAUCUGUCUCGUUCAGGACUGUAUUCCCAGUUCCUACAGCAGGAGCUGGGGCACAGAAGGUGCUCAGGAAUGACUGUCCAACGUCCAAAUGAAUGAAUGCAUCUGGCGCCCUACUCGCACCUCGCCCUGAAGGCUCACACUUGUUCCCUGCCUUCAAGGAGCUUGCAGUGAUGGGAGCUUUGAUGGGGGAAGCCCAGGUGGCAGGAGGGCCAAGAGGGCCAGGGGAGGAUGAAUGAGUUUUACCCACAUGGGCUGUGGGAUGGGGACCUGCCAAGCCAAGGUGGCAGCCCGUGUGGGGAUCUGGAGCCACCAAGGAGACUGCAGUGAUUGUAAGGGGUCCAAGAGGCUUCAACUGAGGGUGUGAGUGAGGGAAAGGAAGAGGGAGAUGGGGCUGGGGAGGCUAUGAGGUAGGCUGACUUCAUAAAGAACUUUGUAUUCCAGACGAAAAGGCCUAACCGUUAUCAAGGGCAGCAGGGAACCACAGAAGGUGUUUAAGCAGGAAACAGACUGACCAGCCCUGAGGGAGAAAGGUCCCACUGGCUCAAGGAUAGAAACUGAAUUGAUGGCAGGAAGCCUGGGGAGGAGGCUGAGGCUGUGGGGCCACAGGAUAGCACAGUGGUGGCUGCCUGGGUUCAAAGUCUGCCUCCAUCUCUUUCUGGUUGUGUUACCUUAGCCUGGUUACUCACCUCUCUGUGCUUCAGUGUUCUCAUCUCAAACAUUACUUCCCUUGGAGCUGUUGUGAGUGCCCAGUCCAUGGGAAGUGUUCAAUAAAUGUUCAUUAGCCUUCCUAUUCAUUUUCUUUUGAUGCUUCCUGCAUCAAAUAAGAAAGACUGAAGAAUUGAUGCCUUUGAAUUAUGGUGUUGGCAAAGAAUAUUGACUCCCACAAGAAUGACCAAAUCUGUCUUGGAAGAAAUACAGCCAGAAUGCUCCUUAGAAACAAGAAUAGCCAGACCAUCUCACGUACUUUGGACAUGUUAUCAGGAGGCACCAGUCCCUGGUGAAGGACAUUAUGCUUAGUAGAGGGUCAGCAAAAAAGAGCAAGACCCUCAACGAGAUGGACUGACACAGUGGCUGCAACAACGGGCUCAACAUAGCAAUGAUUGUGAGGAUGGCACCAGGUGGGGCAGUGUUUCUUUCUGUUGUACAUAGGAUUGCUAUGAAUCGGAAGUGACUCGGCAGCACCUAACAACAACAAAGCCUUACUAUCUAGCAGGAAUGGUUCAGUGGUAGAAUUCUCACCUUCUAUGUGGGAGACCCAGGUUCAAUUCCUGGCCAAUACGCCCCAUGUGCAGCCACCACCCAUCUGUCAGUGGAGGCUUGUGUGAGGCUGAAGGGACUUCGGCAGAGCUUCCAGACUAAGACAGACUAGGAAGGAAGGCCUGGCAAUCUAUUCCCAAUUAAUCAGCCAAUGAAAACCCUGUGGGUUAUGACAGCCCACUCCCAUUGUACACGGGGUCACCAUGAGUAAGGUGCUGACUCAACAACAGCUAACAACAACAACAGGCUUACUAUCAGUGAUCCAGGCAAGAUGGCCAUGGGGAGGGAAUGGAGCUGCUAGAAUCCAGCAGCCAGAGAAGAAAAUCAGGUCAUCAACCCCCUACUCAAAACACUCCCUGGCUCCCAUCACUCUGACGCUGUGACCAUCAAGAUCCUGCACUGUCUGCCUGUCAUCUCCCUGAUCCCAUGCCCCGCCCUCAACUCACUCCAAUCCAGCUACACUCUAUGGUAUUCAUACACUGCAAGCUCUUUGCUGCCCCUGGGCCUUUGCAUAAGCUGUUCCCUCUGCCCAGAACAUUCUUUCCUGCUUCCUCCUCAUCCUUCAAGUCUCCACUUAGAGAGGCCUUCCCUGACCACCCUGACUAAAGGAGAUCAGCCCCUUCCCCAGGUUCUGUGUCCCAGCAACCUGCCUGUUGCCUUCAGAACAAAUGUCACAGUACGGAAGUAUAUACUAGAUUGUUUGCUUACAUCUUGGCUGCCUGUCUCCCCCACUGGGCUAGGGGCCUCUGGCAAGCAGGGAGGCUGUCUGAGUCAUGGACAUAAUUGCAGCAGUUCACUCAGGGUCUGGCACAUAAUAGAUGCUCAAUUUGCUAAAUGAAUGAAAGAGAAUGAGGGCAAUGGGAAGAAGGAGAGAGAAGGAGGGAGAAAGGAAGGAAAGAAGGAAGAAGGGAGGCAGGAGGGAGGAAGAGAGGAAGGGAGGGAGAAAGGAAGGAAAGAACCCGAACUCCAGUUUCUGAUGCCUCGACAUUCCUUUUGUUCCAGCCUCUGCUUAAAUAUUACUUAUUUCAAAAUAGGAGGUCUGCUCGCCUUCCUAAUCAACUCAAACCGACAUGCAAAAUCCCAGAUAACAUCCUGAGACAGUGUCUGCCCUCACUGGCUCUGCCUUUCCCCACCCAAACUGUCACAUCGGGGAAUCCAGAAAAGGAGCCCUUGCCCUCUCUGACAAAUUCGCAUCCCCAGACCCCCAGUUUCCCACCGCUUGCUUUAAAUUAGAGAAUAGUUCCUAAGCCUGAGAAAGAAAGUAUACUGUCCCCUCGGACCCUAUUAAAGGCUGAGCCCACGUCCAUCUGUUUGCUCUCUGAUUCUCCCCUCACCAGCCCCCAUGUGAACUCCGCAUGCCGCCCUUGAGAGUGCUCCCUUCCAGGACCUGAAAGUGAUAAACUGUCAUUUCCUCCUUUUGGUUGUUGAAUGUUGAAGUGGGCUUUGUAUCCAAAGAAAGCCCCACUUAAUAUCCAGGUGGUCUCACCAUCUGACCCCCUCUGGGAGACUGUGUUUCCUCCUGCAGUGGGCUGUCAUGUGUCUCUUUAUA